GAGCGCUCGCUCUCUCGGUCAGUCUACCCGAGGAGCUCGAACUGGCAAGACACGCGCAGCCGUCUGUCCGUACGACACACGCACGGCUCUCUCUCUCUCUCUCUCUCUCUCUCUUCUCUCUCCGUCAGUCUCGCUCGCUCACUCCCACGCAGCAGAGGACACUCAACGCUGGACCCGUUUUCUAACAAUAAGUGCGCGACAUGAGUGUGCAGUGAACGCGACUGCUGCUCAAACACACCGCCACACGGUUGCGCAUCGCCAGGAGGCAAGGCCAGCUGCGGAAGAGGAGCUCGGUGUCAGCGCGAGUCGCACCGCGAGGCAGCUGUAAUAAUGACUGUUCUAAGGAUGACGUCACCUGUGACACCGGCCUCGAGCAGUCCGCGAUCGGCGUCCGACCUGCCGAUCAUGAGGUCGGCCUCCGCCGCGCACCAGACACUCCGGCCGCCGGCGCAGAGGCUCAGCUUCUCCGUCGCGGCCCUCCUCGCCGACGACAAGAAGGACAGCGGCGGCGGCAACAACAACAACAACAACAAGAACAACAACAACAACAACGCGACCAGUGGCGUCAAGCCCUGCUCCCCGAGCGCGUCGCCGACGCACCAGCCGGCCGGACACCUGCUCCAGCACUACAGCCAGGAGCUGCAGCGCACCUCGAGCCUCAGUCCGACGGACCUCUCGGUGCAGUCGUUGCGCCACCAGCGCUACUCGCUGUCGCCCGGCCAGCCGCAGAGCCUGCACCAGCUGCACUAUCCCAAGUCGCCGACGAGCUCGUCCCAGGAGGAAGCCACCUCGAGGUGCUCGGAGGCCGACGACGACGUGGGCAGCCUCGUGGACGUCGAGGACAUCAGGGACUCCGAAGGCAGCUCCUGCACGCCCGCGCCCGUCAGGCCGACGCCCGCCUAUGUCGGCGGCUUCUCUAGCCUGGGCAACCUCUCCGGCAUUCCCAUGCACCCGGCCCUCUGGAGCACCGGACACCCGAACGUCGCGGCCGCCGCCGCCGCCGCUCAGGCCAGCUUCUUCCCGUCGCACUUCGCUCAUCAUGCCCCGCUCAAUGAAAACGGAGAGCCCGCCAAAAUCAAGUGCAACCUCAGGAAGCACAAGCCCAACAGAAAGCCCAGGACGCCCUUCACGACGCAACAGCUGCUCGCGCUCGAGAAGAAGUUCCGGGAGAGGCAGUACCUCAGCGUCGCCGAGCGCGCCGAGUUCUCAUCCUCGCUUCACCUCACGGAGACGCAGGUGAAAAUCUGGUUCCAAAACCGACGGGCCAAGGCGAAACGGCUGCAGGAGGCCGAGAUCGAGAAGCUGCGGAUGAGCGCAGUGCGGCAGCACCACACGGCCCUCUACGGCUCGCACCCGGGCCUCCUGGCCGCCUCGGCAGGCCUCUACUCCGUGGGCAUGCUGGGGCACCCUAGCCUCGCGGCAGCCUCACCACACAGUAUGGCCAGCGCGGCCGCGGCUGCGCAGCAGCAACAGCCCAGACUCAGGACGCCCGAGGAAUAAGACUGCAUCGAGCCUAUCUCUCUUACUCUGUACAUACUACGCGAAUAUACGCCUGUAAAUACGUUCAUUCUACGUCGCAUCCGAUCCUCCACGACGCCUCUGUGUGUGUGCGUGCGUGUGUGUGUUUGUGUGUGUGUGUGUGUGUGUGUGUGUGUGUGUGUGUGUGUGUGUGUGUGUGUGUUGAUGUAUCCGCGGUACACGCCAUUAUAUACUAUCGCUCGAGAAUUCUUCAUAUAUUGUACAUAGUCGCGACGCCAAGUCGCGGGGGAUUUCCAUUUUUGUAUAAAUGUAAACAACGCUUAGCAAGUAGGACAGAAUAUUUAAUGAUAAUAAAAGAAAUGACAAACGUACCGAUCACACGUAAA